AUGGCAGAGGAGUGGGGCAAACAGGUGUUCGCUGCCAGGCGGUACCACGAAGACACAACAAGGGGCUCUGCAUUUACUUACACAAACAGCAACAACACAAGAGAUCCCUUCGAGGGUCCCAACUACCAUAUUGCCCCGAGAUGGGUGUACAACCUUUCCACAGUUUGGAUGUUAUUUGUGGUUGUUGCAUCGGUGUUCACCAACGGUCUUGUAUUGGUGGCCACAGCCAAAUUCAAGAAACUGCGCCACCCUCUCAACUGGAUCCUGGUCAAUCUGGCUAUUGCCGAUCUUGGAGAGACAGUUUUUGCCAGCACCAUUAGUGUUUGUAACCAGUUCUUUGGCUACUUCAUCCUUGGACAUCCCAUGUGCGUCUUCGAGGGAUACACAGUCUCUACUUGUGGUAUUGCUGCUUUGUGGUCGUUAACAAUCAUCUCCUGGGAAAGGUGGAUUGUUGUGUGCAAACCAUUUGGAAAUGUUAAAUUUGAUGCAAAGUGGGCCUCUGGUGGAAUCAUUUUCUCCUGGGUUUGGGCUGCAGCCUGGUGCUCUCCUCCUAUCUUUGGAUGGAGCAGGUACUGGCCUCAUGGACUGAAGACCUCCUGUGGACCUGAUGUGUUCAGUGGAAGUGAAGACCCUGGUGUCCAGUCCUAUAUGAUUGUUCUGAUGCUUACAUGCUGCAUCCUCCCACUUACUGUCAUCAUCUUGUGCUACCUUGCCGUUUGGUGGGCUAUUCACUCUGUUGCCAUGCAGCAGAAGGAAUCUGAAUCCACACAGAAGGCUGAGAAGGAAGUGUCCAGAAUGGUGGUGGUCAUGAUCUUUGCGUAUUGUUUCUGCUGGGGGCCGUACACAUUCUUUGCCUGCUUUGCCGCAGCUAACCCUGGAUAUUCCUUCCACCCCCUGGCUGCAGCAAUGCCUGCGUACUUUGCCAAGAGCGCCACUAUCUACAACCCUAUUAUCUAUGUCUUCAUGAACAGACAGUUCCGCACAUGCAUCAUGCAACUGUUUGGCAAAGAAGUUGAUGAUGGUUCUGAGGUAUCCACAUCAAAAACAGAAGUUUCUUCUGUGGCUCCUGCAUAA